GGAAAACACGUUUCAUAUUGUACGUAAACAUGAUAGUUGUCUGUGCGUACGCCCAAAAACAGUGAAUUAACCUUCAUGAAAGUAUCGGAAUUAAUUCUCGAAACUGCGGAACACAUCAUCCAUAUACAGUAUUUUUCAGUGUCGUAAGAUGAAAUAGAAUGCAGUAUGGAUCCUCUUCAGAUACAGAGUAUUGGUGUUUACACAGACCCACACCAACAGGCACAGGUUCUCGGUUAUUUUGAACAACUUAAGCAGUCACCAGAUGGAUGGAAGCUCUGUGGGGAGACCCUGAACAAAGGGGCUGCUGAUGAAAAUGUCUCCUUUUUCUGCUUCCAAGUCUUGGAGCACUUCAUCAUGACCAGGUUUAAGUCAAGUACUGCUGAGGACCAGCAACACCUUCGACAGAUCUUGAUGAACUGGUUACAGUUAAAGAUUACUUCUGGACAUCCAGAAAAGACUUUCAUCAAGAAUAAAGCAGCACAGUUGUUCUCGUUGGUGUUUGUCUGCGACUUUCCGGCUGGAUGGCCAACGUUCUUCUCUGAUUUGCUGCACACGUUGCAGAUGGGUAGCAAAGUGGUUGACAUGUAUCUGCGGAUUCUAUUGGCCAUAGAUUCUGAGGUCGUUGACCGGGAGAUUGUUCACACCCCUGAGGAAGCCCAAAGAAACACGCUUCUUAAAGACGAGAUGCGUGCACGAUGUGUGACUGAGCUCGUUGAAUCCUGGUACCAGAUCCUAGAAACGUAUGAAAGGUCACACCCAGAAUUAACCUGUGACUGUAUCGAGGUCAUAGGACUUUACGUGUCAUGGAUAGACAUUGGUCUGAUCGCAAAUGACCGGUUUGUCGGAAAGUUAUUAAACUAUCUAGGAAUUGAUGUUUUACGUGAAUCUGCGUGUGAUUGUCUGCAUGAUAUCAUCAAUAAGGGGAUGGACCCUAUUAUGAAAACUGAACUCAUUGAGUCUUUGAUGAAGGUUCUUGAAGAUAUUCGUGUCAUUCCUCCAAAGGAAGAUGAAGAUGUUGAUUUUCUAGCAAAAUUGGCACGAUUGAUAAAUGGAAUGGGUUGCAAUCUCAUCAUUAGUUGGCAGAAGGAAACCAAAAUCAAAGACCAUGUUAAUGCUGCACGGACUUUGGCUGCCACCGAGUCCAAAAUACCUCUUAUGUUCCAUUUCCUUAAUCAUGAAGAUGAUGACAUUUCGUUGGCCGUAGCUGAUUUUGCCAAAGAUUAUAUUUCCGUUUUAAAACAGAUUAUUCACACAAAUGAUGCCCAAAAACAAUUCCUAAAACAAAUGCUGUAUAUUAUCCUGAAAAAGUUUGAAUUUGAUGAAUCUUAUAACUUCGACUCCCAAGGCGAAGAUGAGGCGAUGUUCCAGGACUAUCGGAAACAGAUUAAAGUGCUGUUUGAUAAUCUAGCGCAGCUUGAUCAACAACUUGUUUUUGCAACUGUCCAUCAGUAUGUGACGUCUACGUUAAGUUGCUGGAAGACAGUUAAUUUUACUGAAGUUGAACUGUGUAUUCGAAUUCUGUACAUGAUUGGCGAGGCAAUCCCAGCAAGCAGUGGUAACCAUUUUAUUGGUGAAGGUCAACGUGUUGAUGCUAUGAAAAGCAUGAUGGAAAAGCUUAUAAUAUCUGAAGUUGUGGGACAUCCCCAUUGGAUCGUCAGUUUACAGUUCAUGGAGACAGUAGCACGAUAUGAAAAAUUCUUUCUGCUUCAGCAAGAACACAUUCCAAAGGUCCUCAUGGCUUUCCUUGAUGAUCGCGGCUUGAGACAUAAACAUCCGACUGUGCGCAGUCGUUGCUCUUACCUUUUUCUACGCUUUGUAAAGACACUACGCAUGAACCUAAAACCAUAUACGGAGGUGAUAUUGGAGCAUUUACAGGACUUGUUACAAAUUGAAAGUACAGAAGCGAAUGGUAACCAGAUGAUUCUGACAAAUGAUGAUAAAUUAUUUAUAUAUGAAGCGGCUGGAAUCGUUAUUAUUAUGAGUAAUAUGAAACCGGAGGAUAAGUUGCUACUUAUGAAACGCUUGCUGGCACCAACAAUUGAGAAGUUUACAUUAACAUUUGAGAAAUUAUGCCAAGAGGAGGAUGUGGAGACACAAGAGAGUUAUGCUGAAACUAUCAGCUAUGCCAUUUCGUUAGCAAGCCGAAGCAGUAAAGCUUUUCAUACUCAGGCUACAAUGAAGCAGCAUGGAUGUGAGGCCUGUUACACAGAAGCCUUGGAAAUCUUCCUUCAAGCACUCAACACACCUCAUCAACAUCAAAUUCUACAUGCAGCAGUUCGUCAGUAUUUACAUAGAAUGAUUGUUUGCCUUGGUGAGACUGUACUACCAUACAUACCUAUUGCAGUUGAACAUCUCUUAAAGCAAUGUGAAGCACGAGAUAUUCAAGAAUUUAUACCCCUUGUAAAUCAACUCAUUAGUAAAUUCAAAAGGAUUAUUGCACCUUUUUUACUUGAGGUAUUGAUGCCAAUAUUGACCACCAUAUUCAACGUGCUAGCCCAACCUGCUGACCAAAUGGACAUGCAAGCUCGCAGGGACAAGCAGAGUCUCCAGAAGAGUUAUUUUAAUUUUCUACAGGUAUUGGUGAUAAAUGACCUAGCGGAGGUUAUGUCAACUCAAGAGCAGCAAAACUUUCAGCAGAUACUACUGACUAUUGUUGAAGGAGCAACUGAGAGUCAAGAUCCAGUGGCACAAAAAACCUGUUUCAAUAUCCUGAAAAGACUGAAUGAUGUUUGGGGAAGCAAGUCAAACUCACCGAUGCCUUUCUUUCAUAGCUUUCUCUAUGAAUAUGUUAUUCCAUCAGUAUUUCGUGCUCCAUUAAAUCCUUCUUUCAACUUCAAUGAUGCUCAAACAAUAUUGACACUUAAUGAAGCUGCACACUUAUUACUUUCAUUAAAAGACUCAGAGGAACAAACCUUAUUGUUGUUUUUGGAAGCAAAGUUCUUACCAGCUCACAAUCUUCCAAGAUCAAAAGUAUUGGAAUGUAUAAAUGCCCUUAAAACAAUGGACUCGAAACAAUUCAAGACAUUCUUUAAGACCUUUUUCCAAGAACUAAGGUCAUGACAGCUUGUAUGGUUUCUCUUACAAGAUAUACCUGUAAAGAUAUAGUACCAACUGAUUAUAUGAUGGUCACAUGGUUCAAUACAUUGGAAUCAGCGUGUGCACACUACAGACUGCAUUGCAAUAAAUUACUCGGAUGUUUUUCCAUUUACAAUAAGCAUAUUGAAUGUGGAGGGUCAUAUUGAAAUUAUGCUAACAUGCAAGACAAUCUUUAUGUUGAUAGACCACUAACAUUUGUAGAAUUAUUCAAACACUUGCAGUUCUCCAAGUGUGUUUGAUUCUAAAUACAGCCAAUGGACAUUACAGAAUUGUGAUUAUAAAUAAAUAAUGGCAGUAUAUUUUUGAACGAAAGUAUUACUACACAAAUAUGAAAGAAGAACCACCGAAAGCAACCAUCAAUCAUGGAGAGAUAUGUGACAUUAACAUUGAAAUAGUAAUAAAAAAAAAAAACAGAGAAUGUGCAUGAUUUUAAUAUGUAUCAUGAACUUGUCCCUUAAACAUGCAUGUAUGACAUAUGAUUUUACAGUAACAAUAAUGAUGUGCAUAAUUAGAAUACAGUACAUGUAAAACUCUGCCCACACUAUCAAAUUGUAUGUAACAAAUAAAAUAAUGAUGAUGUCAUAAUACACUCAAAUAUGGGCAUAUCACAUUUAUUUGUCACAAUUUUAUAGUGUGGACAAAACUUAAUAUUAGUAACGUAUGCAAUUCUUUAUGUAAUAAAACAAGUGUAAGGAGGUAAA